AUGUCAACCGCAAGUGUUACACCAAUUGUAAAGACAGUAUAUGAAAAAGGUAAGACUACUAUUGCCCUCACAAAAGAUAAUAAGCUAUGUGCAACAAAUAAAUCAGGAUUGACAAAGGUUAUCAAUUUGAAUGAUCCAGAAGAAGAACCUGAAACUUUCGAAACCUCCCCAGAAUAUACCAGCAUUACAUGUGACUAUAAUUCCGAUUUAAUAAUGACUACCUUUGGGGGAGAUUUAUUGAAAUACAAUGUCGAAGAUGGUAAUAUGAAGCUGUUAGCGAGGAAAGGGUUACCAUUACGUGAUAGUGUAGUAGUCCAUUCAGGGAAGAGUAUUCUUGUUGGCGGUGAUGAAUUAGAAUUGGGGUUGAUUUCAAUCGAUGGAAUUACUGAUAAUAACAAUAAAAUAUCAAUACCGGAACAAAUUAAUCAACUUUCAUAUUCAUCAAAGACUAACAUUUUAGCUGUAUCAUAUAUUAAUGGUCUAGUAGAAUUUUAUUCUUUAUCUUCCUUGGUGCCAAAUAAAGUUCACUCGUUAGAUGGAUAUAUCUCAAAAAAUUCUUACAAUGAUGAAUUUAGGGACAAAAUUCUGACAAAAAUGUCUGAUGAUUUGGAUGAUAGUGACUUAGAUGAUAAUUUAGAAAAUACGGAUACCCCAAUACAAGAUGAUAGCAUUCCGCGCAAGCUUUUAGCGAUUAAGGAUCAUGAAUUUAUGAAUGAAAACAGAUUAUGUACAAGAACUGCAUGGCAUCCAAAUGGUUUGUUAUUUGCAUUACCUUGUGAUGAUGCUUCGAUUAAAUUAUUCAACAUAAAAAAUUACACUCUAGAUAAAACUCUUUCUUCAAAUAAUAAAACCAAUAAUAAAAUUAUUGACUUAAAAUUCGACCCAUUGCAUGGGAAUUUCAUUGCUUCAAUAGAUAUAAAUAAUAAUCUAACUCUAUGGAACCAUGUUAAUUCGACAAUUCAUUAUUCAACUAAGUUAAAAUAUAAUAUUACAAAUUUUGUUUGGAAAUUAGAGAAUGAUUCAAAGUCAUUGACUUUAAUUUUAGGUACUUGGAAUGGUUCUAUAGUAGAACUUAAAGAAAUUGCUAUAUCAACACAGUUAGAGGACUCGAGCAAUGAACUAAUAGGUAAAAGUAAAGACAAAAAUUUGUUUGUGAAUUCAGAUGAUGAAGCUGAUGAUGACUAUAGCCAAAACAGAUUAGUAGAUGAUGAAGCUAAAUAUGAAGACAAUGAUGAUACUGAAAACCUAUUUACCCAAGAUAAUGGUAAAAGAAAACAUACCUAUAAUGAUGAACUGGACUUUAUCGAUGACGAUGAUGGUGCUGGCUAUAUUGAUCAUGCCCAUCGAGAAUACGACCACUCUUAUGAGAAAAGAUCAUCUAAAAGAAGAAAUUUGGAAAGACCAAAUGCCUAUCAUCUUCCAUAUUUUAAAUAUAAACCAAUAUCACAAGGUUCUACACCAUUUGGCACUAAUGAUCGAAGAUACUUAACAAUGAAUGGCGUUGGCUAUGUAACUACGGUACGUAAUGCUGAACAGAACAGUGUAACUGUUUCUUUCUUCGACUUGGGUAGAUUUAACGAAUAUCAUUUCGAAGAUUUAUUCGGUUUUGACACUUGUUUCCUAAACGAAAAUAGUGUAUUAUUUGGCCAAUCUAAGACAGGUCAGAUACAUUUUAGACCACAUAAUAGUUUACAUUCAAAUUGGACAAAAUUUAUUCCUCUACAAAAGGGGGAAAUAAUAACUUGCUUAGCUUCUACAUCUAAAAGAGUAUACAUCGGAACUUCUUUGGGAUAUUUACGAACAUUUAAUCAAUAUGGACUUUCCAUUAAUGUCGAAAAGUUAUCACCGAUUGUUUCCAUAGCUGUUCAGGAUUAUAGAAUAUUUACUGUCCACUAUUCUAAUACUGGUGGAAUAUCUUAUUCAUUAUCAGAACAAACACCAAAAUCUAUUAAAUAUUUCCAAAGAGAAUACACUUUACCAUUGACACUUCCUAAAAAUAAGAGUUUAUAUAAUUCUGGUCAAGAUGAAGAAUUUGAAGAUGAUUCUGAAUUUUUAAAUUUUAAUCCGUUUGGUAUUAAAGGUUUAUUUUUUUCCAUGUACGGUGACCCUUGUAUAUUUGGUGCUGACGAUGUACUGUUAGUCUUAGCAAACUGGAGAUCUAGUUUAACUAGUAGAUGGAUUCCAGUGCUUGAUACAAAUAUGGAGUUAUGGAAAUUGUCUGGGGGAAAGAAACAUACAGAUGUUCAUGUUUGGCCAUUAAGCUUGGCUAAUGAUACAUUAAAUUGUAUAUUAGUAAAGGGCAAAAAAGUGUGGCCUGAAUUUCCAUUACCUUUACCUUCUGAAAUGGAACUAAGGAUACCUAUUCUUGUUAAAAGUCAAAUACUCGAGGAAAAUAAUCCCCGCCUAAAAAGAGCAGAUAAUAUAGAAGAUAAUGAUAGUGAUGAAAAUAAUGAUGCUAAUCAAGAGGAAGAGAAAGAAUUACAAAUUCCAGUGAAUUUAGCUGCAGAAGAAGAAUUUUUGCGUUCUAAAAUAUUGUCAGGACUUUUAACUGACACUUUGGAGAAUGACGGAGAACUAUAUGGCAACGAAAGCCAAAUAUUGUCAUCUCUUAAUGCAUCAUAUGAUAAAGCUCUUCUAAGAUUGUUUGCUACUGCUUGUUCGGAGAGACAUGGAGAAAAGGCAUUAUCUAUUGUCCAGGAGUUAAAGCAAGAUAGAGCAUUAGCUGCGGCUGUUAAGAUAUGCGAGAGAGCUGAUAUGAUGAGCCUAAUGAAGAGAAUUAAUGAUAUACGAGAAGCCAGAUUUCAGCAAACUACUUAA